CUAAACAAAACUAACAUGCAUUGAAAUUAGAGUCCGUCUCAAAUUCUUAAAUUGCGGGUCUCUCGCUGUCCACCUAUACAUACAUCCAAACACUAACGUACAAACACGGAUUACAAUUGUGUCUACUGUCGAUCCUUCGCAAGCUCUGUUUCUAGUCUUUACUAAAUCAAAUCUUUCAUCAUCAGCGGCUUCGAAGAACUGAAGAAGAAACAUCCAUGGAUUAGGCGGAGCUCGGACAGGUAAGGACAGAAAACGCAGCGCUCCACAUCAGAAGCCUCAAGCACAUAUCUAAUGAUUGUAUUCGGUUUGUAUUUGAUCGGUGGGUAAUUUGGAUUAAUAAAAAGGCUUUGACGCUUAAACGAAGAUGGUGAAGAUCUGCUGUAUUGGAGGUGGCUAUGUGGGGGGACCGACUAUGGCUGUGAUUGCAUACAAGUGUCCAUCAGUUGUGGUCACUGUUGUUGAUAUCUCUGUGCAGCGCAUCACUGCUUGGAACAGCAAUCAGCUCCCUAUUUAUGAGCCUGGCCUAGAUGCCGUGGUGAAGCAUUGCCGAGGGAAGAACCUCUUCUUUAGCACUGAAGUCGAAAAACAUGUCGCUGAGGCAGACAUUGUUUUUGUUUCUGUUAAUACUCCUACUAAAACCCAAGGACUUGGAGCAGGAAAAGCUGCUGAUCUCACCUACUGGGAGAGUGCUGCCCGUAUGAUUGCUGAUGUAUCAAAAUCUUCCAAAAUUGUUGUUGAGAAAUCUACGGUUCCUGUGAAAACAGCCGAAGCUAUAGAAAAGAUACUGACCCACAACAGCAAGGGAAUGGACUUUCAGAUUCUUUCCAACCCCGAGUUCCUUGCUGAAGGAACGGCAAUAAAUGACCUUUUUACGCCUGAUCGGGUUCUUAUUGGGGGUAGGGAGACCCCAGGUGGACAGAAGGCAAUCAAAGUGUUGAAAGAUAUAUAUGGUCAAUGGGUCCCUGAGGAAAGGAUUAUUUGUACUAAUCUUUGGUCAGCGGAGCUAUCCAAGCUUGCAGCGAAUGCCUUUCUGGCUCAGAGGAUUUCAUCCAUUAAUGCAAUGUCAGCAUUGUGUGAGGCUACAGGUGCUGAUGUGUUGCAGGUUUCACAUGCUAUUGGCAAGGACUCGCGAAUCGGGUCAAAGUUUCUCAAUGCUAGUGUCGGUUUUGGAGGAUCUUGCUUCCAAAAGGACAUUUUGAACUUGGUUUACAUAUGUGAGUGUAAUGGCCUUUCAGAAGUUGCAAAUUACUGGAAACAGGUCAUUGAAGUGAAUGAUUACCAGAAGAGUCGAUUCGUUAACAGAAUAGUUACUUCCAUGUUUAACACAAUUUCUGGCAAAAGGAUAGCUAUUCUAGGGUUUUCUUUUAAAAAGGAUACUGGUGAUACAAGAGAGACCCCUGCCAUCGAUGUGUGCAGAGGAUUAUUAGGCGAUCAAGCCCAGCUAAACAUAUAUGAUCCCCAGGUCCCUGAACAGCAGAUUCACAAAGAUUUGUCUAUGCCUAAGUAUAAUUGGAACUAUCCAAUUCAUCCUGUAUCUAUGUGUUCUGAUGAUCUAAAGCAAGUCCGCGUUGUUCGUACUGCAUAUGAAGCAACUAAAGACGCACAUGGAAUAUGCAUAUUGACAGAGUGGGAUGAGUUCAGGUCUCUGAAUUUCCAAAAGAUUUAUGACAAUAUGCAGAAGCCUGCAUACGUCUUUGAUGGCAGGAAUGUUGUGGACGUGGAGAAGCUACGUCAAAUUGGGUUCAUUGUUUACUCUAUAGGUAAGCCUCUGGAUCCAUGGCUAAAGAACAUGCCUGCUGUUAUGUAAGAACGGAGAACUAUGCUGAAUAGCUUUUACUGGCCCUAGAUUUUAUAGAUGAAGUCACAAUUUAUACCCUAUUGUUUUGCAUAUUUAUGCUUUGUUUCUUGCACCAUGUUACUGAUUUCAUGGUGGUUAAUGACAUUCAUUAAUAUUUAUUUUGGUUCAGUUUAUAUGGGAAAGAUUUUGGAUUUGCUA